CUCUGACACGUCGAGCCCUGGACCCGCCAUAUUACUCCUAAACACAUAGUCAACAACAAACAGACACGACCAAACACAAUGGCGCGCAAAACAUUCGAGCCAAGCUUCGACUUCUUCACCGGAAUCGAAGCUCAACCUCCAGCGCCUUCAGUUCGAGAACCGUUGCGCGAAACAUUUCGAACGACCUUGCGCACCACACAGAAUGCGCCGCACACGGUCGUGUCCUCGGAUCCCGCCAACGAAGAGCUGCGCGCACAGCUCAACACGCUGCGAUAUGAACUCGAUACCGCGAAACAGGAGAAGGAGAUGAUGAAGCUGGAGCAUGCCCAGGAGAUUCGAGACACACAGAACCGCGCAGAGACCGACUUUCGGAAAGCGCAACAGGCGGAGACGGCGAACAAUCUCACGGCGAAGAAGCAUGAGGCGCUGGCAAGGGAGAUGUCGGAGGAUCUGGAGAGGCGGUUGAGGCAGAGCCAGGAGAAGGCGCAAUCGCUGCAGGAAGAGUACGACGAGGUCAAGGAGGACCUGGCGACGUCGCAGCGACAGAGCGAGCACAAAUACAACAACCUCCAGGCGGAGCACAAGGCGCAGAAAGACAGUGUCGAGGACAUGCAGUCUGAUCUGGCGGCAAAGGUCAAUGCACUGCAGACGGCGCAGAAGAAACUGGGGCAGAAAGAAGAGGAGGUUGGCCAGCUAGAGGCAGAGGUGCUGCGACUCAAGGCCAUCACCGGAGAUGCAGAAACCCUGGCAGUCAUCAAACGAGAACUCUCCGACCAGGUCGCGCACAUCAAGAAGCUAGAGAUUCUGACAAGAGAGCAGAACACGGAGCUCAAGCAGUACCGGAAGCAGCACAAGGCUAUUGAGGUCGUUGAGGAGGAGAAGAGGACACUUCAGACAAAGUUGCGAAUGAUGGAUGAUGUGCAGAGGCAGCUAGGGGAGUCUGAGCUGAGGCGACAGAUCCUGGAGGAGGAGAGGGAUUCAUGGACGUCGUAUCUUGAGAACUCGACCGAGACACAUGGCGAAACACAGUUCGAAUCGCCAGAAGAUCUUGCACGCGCCUUUGUUCAGGAGCGUCUAGAGAAGACCGACCUCUUGAACAGACUGGGCGAGAUCAAGCCGGAGCUCACAGUCAAAGAAGCCAACAUCCAGGUCCUCGAAGACGAGAAAGCCAAGCUACAAGCUGAGAUCCAGCAACUGAAAACCUCAAACAACAACAGCGCACCCAACGCCAACGAGGCGAAAGCUCGCGCAAGGUUGGAACGGCAGAAGGCUUUGGCGACGAAAGAGGUCGAUUUCCUACGCGCUCAAGUUAAGGCAUUCGACGAUGAAGACCGCGAGAUGCAGCCCGACACUUACGACGCCGCGAAGUCGGAGCGGAUAACAGAACUCGAAGACCUCGUCGACCAAUACCGCAAAGAAAUCGACGCCCUACAAAAAGAAUUCAACAGCCUAGAGAAACCAACCUCCGCCACAACAGGCCAGAAACGUCCCCUCGACACCGCCGAAAACGACGAACGCGUCGGCGAACUGCGCCGCAAGAACCGCCAGCUGCAAGACGACUUCGACACGCUACAAAAGAAGAUCAAGCUCAUCGAAGCCGAAUACAAAGCCCAACACUCCCAGCUCAAAAAGCUCAAAGAAUCCUCGCGCACACGCGUCCUAGAGCUGAAAUCCAACCCCACGGCCGACGCCGAAGCCCUCAAACUAAGCACCGUCCGCACCCUCCGCGAGGCAAACGCCCACCUCCUCGCCCAGCUCGAAAACAACACCUCCCCCCCGAAAUCCGUUCCCUUCGCCACCCUCUCCGCCGCGCACGACGAGCUCGAGGAACUGCGCUUCACGCUGGCGUCGUCGGAGAAGAAGAUCUCCCGCCUCAAGCAGAUAUGGAGCGCCAAGAGCCUUGAGUUCCGCGAGGCUGUUGCGUCGAUUCUGGGGUGGAAACUAGACUUUAUGCCCAAUGGGCGUGUCAAGGUUACGUCCAUGUUCAAACCUGCGGAUGAUAGCGGCGAGAAUAGCAUCAUUUUUGAUGGCGAGAAUGGCACGAUGAAGGUCUCUGGCGGCGAGCAGAGUGUGUUUGCUGGCGAGAUUCGGGAUCAGAUUGUUUAUUGGGUCGAGGGGCGGAAGGAGAUUCCUUGUUUUCUUGCUGCGCUUACGCUGGAGUUUUGGGAGAAGGGACCGGGUGCUCCGUGCUGGGGUGGCGGUGUGGGAUGGGAUGGGAGCGGGGGUGGAGUGGAUUGA